AUGGGGACUACAGGACUCCAAUGCUCAUUAUGGCUCAUAUACCUAAUGCUGCUUGUCGGCUCCCUCACUCAGACUGCUAAUGCAUCUCACAUCGACCGAGUCUGUACGACAUGGGGACACUAUCACUUCAAGACCUUCGAUGGACGUUUCUUCCAACUCGCCUCCACCUGUAACCAUGUCCUGGCCUCGGAGUGUGGGGGUGACUUUGAAAAUUUCAACAUCCAGUUGAGGCGCAAGAUAAACGGCACAUCAGUCACCAUCAGCAACAUCAUCCUGAAGCUGGAGGGCACAGUGGUGGAGCUCUCUAAAAAUGCAGUGAUUGUCAAUGACAAGAUAGUGUCUCUGCCGUUCGUCACGUUCGGGGUGACUGUGAAGGGAACCACAUCUGGGAUCACUGUCGAAGCCAGGCUGGGAAUCUUGGCCUUCUGGAACAUUGAUGACUCCCUGGAUAUCGAGAUUGACAACAAAUACAAGAGCCAUGUCUGUGGACUCUGUGGAAACUUUGACGGCUCAACCAAUGGUCCUAAGAAGGACGGGUCUAAUGAGUCUGCGGAAGACUUUACUGAAGACUUCAAGGUGGAUGAUCCAUCAGAGACGUGUGAGGAGCCUGAGCUGAAUGCCGUGCAGAGCUGUGGAGAUAAGGAUUAUUGUGACCAGAUUUUCGUCACUGCUCCGUUCAGCGACUGCAAGGACCGUCUGGAUGUGGAAUCCUUCAGCAAAGUCUGUAUGGCCGACUUGUGCAACUCUGCAAAUGACAGCGACUCCAUCCUCUGCCAAACCAUCUCAGAGUACUCCAGAGAGUGUGUCCACGCUGGUGGCAACCCCCAGCAAUGGAGGAAUGAAAGUUUUUGCUACAAGGAAUGUCCGAAUGAAAUGACAUUCUUGGAGUGCGGCAGUGCAUGUCCCGAUACCUGCUCCACCCCUCAGGCCAGCCAGACAUGUGACAGCCACUGCCAUGAUGGCUGCAGCUGCCCUGCCGGAAAGGUGUUUGAUGACAUCAGUGACUCUGGCUGUAUUGUACAGUCUCAGUGUGCAUGUCGGUACAACAACAAAGUGUAUCAGUCAGGAGAGUCGUACACUCACAGCUGCAGAUCCUGUGAGUGUCAGGGUGGUAAGUGGAACUGCACUGAAGAGAACUGCCCAGGAACCUGCUCAGUGGCGGGAGGAUCUCACAUCAACACCUUUGAUGGAAAAGUCUACACCUUCCAUGGGGACUGCUCCUACACUCUGGCUAAGCACGCUGAUGGCUCCCUAUUCACUAUGCUGGUGGACCUGCUCAAGUGUGGUAAAUCUGAAAAACAUACCUGCCUCAAGGCUGUGACACUGUCCUUAUACAACAAUUCUGUGGUUGUAAAAAUCCACGAGUCCGGGCAGUUUUUUAUAAACAACAUCGCUUCUCAGCUUCCACUUUACACACCGGAUCUGGGUGUCUUCAAGCCAUCAUCCUUCUACAUGGUUAUAAGCACUAAAGUGGGUUUACAAAUAAUGGUCCAGCUGGUGCCUCUGAUGCAGGUCUUCAUUACAGCUGAUCCUUCUCUCAAAGGAACAACCUCUGGAUUGUGUGGAAACUUCAAUGACAAGGUGACUGAUGACUUCAAGGCGUUGAACGGGCUGGUGGAGGGCACCGCUGCAGCCUUUGGCAACACGUGGAAAACCAGAGCCAUCUGCAAAGACAUUCAAACAAAUUAUGGACACCCCUGUAGCAAUGGCAUCCACAAGGAGAGUUAUGCCCAGUACAGUUGCUCCAAACUGACGGAUCCCAAGGGAGUGUUUGCUCCUUGCCACUCUGUCAUUAGCCCCACCUCGUACAAAGAUAACUGCAUGUAUGACAGCUGUAACUGUGACAGCAGUGAGGUCUGCAUGUGUGCUGCAAUCUCCUCGUACGUCUAUGCCUGUUCGGCGGCAGGAAUCCACCUGACUGGCUGGAGGUCGACCAUCUGUGGCAAAUUCAGUGAAUCUUGUCCAGCAGGAACAGCGUAUUCCUAUAAUAUGACCAGCUGCAUGCGUACGUGCCGCUCCCUGAGCCAGACUGAUUACUCCUGCCAGGUCGGCUUCCCCACAGUGGACGGCUGUGGCUGUAAUGAGGGAACCUACUCGAAUGAGGAGAAGACGUGUGUGGCCAGGUCAAGCUGUCCCUGUUAUGAUAGAGAUUCCAUUAUUCCUGCUAAACAGUCUUUCACCAAAGACGAACACACAUGCUUCUGCAAACAAGGAAUUCUCAGCUGCCAAGGAGGCCCACCUCAAUCCGUAUGUACUUCCCCCAUGGUAUAUUUCAACUGCUCCGGGGCUCAACCCGGGAAAACUGGUAUUGAGUGUCAAAAGAGCUGCAGCACUCUGGACAUGGCUUGUAUCAGUACAGGCUGUCUGUCAGGCUGCAUGUGCCCUGAUGGCCAGGUAUCAGAUGCAUUAGGUGGCUGUAUCAAUGAGACCAAAUGUUCAUGUGUUCACAACGGAAAGAUCUACCAGCCUGGAGACACACUGACGGUCGACUGCAACACCUGCUAUUGCAGGGAUAGGAAGUUCAAAUGUACCGAAAAACUGUGUGAUUCUGUAUGUGGGAUCUAUGGAGAUGGCCACUACGUCACAUUUGAUGAUAAGAGGUUUGACUUCAGUGGACAGUGUGGAUACACACUCCUCCAGGACUUCUGUGGGACUGGUCAGGGCAACGAAAGCUUCAGAAUCAUCACUGAGAAUGUUCCAUGUGGAUCCACAGGAAUUACCUGUUCCAAGACCAUCAAGAUCUUCCUUGGGGACAAUGAAUUCCAACUUAAAGAUGACAACUUCCAGGUGAUAAAGGGCAGCAGCAAAGUGUUACCUGCUCAGAUACGCAAGAUGGGUAUUUACCUAGUGGUAACGAUCAAGGCAGGACUUGUGCUCAUGUGGGACCAGAAGACCAGUCUUUUCAUUAAAGUCAGCCCAGAUUUCAAGGGUCAAGUCUGCGGUUUGUGUGGAAACUAUGAUGGCAACAGCAAGAAUGACUUCACCACAAGCUCUCAGGGGACCGUGGCCGAUGUUCUCGAAUUUGGUAACAGUUGGAGGGUUUCCUCCAGCUGCCCCAGCGCCGAACUAAUCAGUGAUCCCUGUUCCUCAAAUGGCUACCGGGCAACAUGGUCACAGAAAAAAUGUAGCAUCAUAACCAGUGUCACGUUCCAGAACUGCCAUUCACAGGUUGACCCUGGACCAUACUUUGAUUCUUGUGUGAGAGACUCUUGUGCUUGUGACUCCGGUGGGGACUGUGAAUGUCUCUGCACUGCUGUGGCUGCCUAUGCCAAAGCUUGUAAUGAAGCUGGAGCAUGUGUUAAAUGGAGAUCUCCAAAAAUGUGCCCUAUUUUCUGUGACUACUAUAAUGAUCCUGAUGGUUGUGAGUGGCACUACAGGCCUUGUGGAGCUGCCUGCAUGAAGACAUGCCGAAAUCCAUCAGGAAACUGUUCCAACCUCAUCACUGCCCUGGAAGGUUGCUAUCCACAUUGUCCUCCAAACCAGCCAUACUUUGAUGAAGACACCAUGAAGUGUGUUGAAUGGAACCAGUGUGGCUGCUAUGAUGAUAGAGGUACCCAUUACAGCGUUGGAGAUGAGGUUCCAUCAAAGAACUGUCAAACUUGCUCCUGUAAGGUUUCCGGAAUAUCAUGCAGCUACAACAUGAGCUCCUGUAAAUGCUUCGUAAAUGGAAAAUACUACAGAUAUGGUGAAACCAUCUACAGCACGACAGAUGGGCUAGGACACUGCAUUACAGCUGAGUGUGGGGCCAACGGGAAUGUAAAUAGGACAGUCUACCCUUGCUUAACGACCACCACGCCUGGCCCUACAUCAACGCCCUUUACGUUCAGCACAGGUGGAACAACGACAGAAGGAACUACAACCACGGCUGGGACGACCAAAACCCCUCAAUCCACCACCGGUCCAGUGACAGUUUCUACCACAAGUAUUGUUGAGACUACAACCACAGGGCCUGUUGUCACAACAGCAAGCCCAGAAACAACAGUCGUAACAUCAAAACCAACUGUAAGUACCACCACUACAGCAGCUCCAACAACAGCGGAGGGAACUACAACCUCAGCUGGGACGACCAAAACCCCUAAAUCCACCACCGCGGAAGGAACUACAACCUCAGCUGGGACGACCAAAACCCCUAAAUCCACCACCGGUCCAGUGACAGUUUCUACCACAAGUAUUGUUGAGACUACAACCACAGGGCCUGUUGUCACAACAGCAAGCCCAGAAACAACAGUCGUAACAUCAAAACCAACUGUAAGUACCACUUCAACUACAGCAGCUCCAACAACAGCGGAAGGAACUACAACCACAGCUGGAGCUCCAACAACAGCUGAAGGAACUACAACCACGGCUGGGACGACCAAAACCCCUCAAUCCACCACCGGUCCAGUGACAGUUUCUACCACAAGUAUUGUUGAGACUACAACCACAGGGCCUGUUGUCACAACAGCAAGCCCAGAAACAACAGUCGUAACAUCAAAACCAACUGUAAGUACCACCACUACAGCAGCUCCAACAACAGCGGAAGGAACUACAACCUCAGCUGGGACGACCAAAACCCCUAAAUCCACCACCGCGGAAGGAACUACAACCACAGCUGGUACGACCAAAACCCCUAAAUCCACCACAGGUCCAGUGACAGUUUCUACCACAAGUAUUGUUGAGACUACAACCACAGGGCCUGUUGUCACAACAGCAAGCCCAGAAACAACAGUUGUAACAUCAAAACCAACUGUAAGUACCACCACUACAGCAGCUCCAACAACAGCGGAAGGAACUACAACCUCAGCUGGGACGACCAAAACCCCUAAAUCCACCACCGGUCCAAAUGGAGAUACCUGGGAUGCUGGCAACUGCACCACAGCUGAAUGCAUUAAUGGUGUAGUGAAAACGAAACGUACUCCCUGUUCCAAUGUACAAAAACCCAUCUGUACUAAUGGACGCAAACCUGUUGAAAUUGAUAACAAAGAUGGUUGCUGCUCCCACUACGAAUGUGAAUGUGUGUGCAGUGUCUGGAGUGGAACCCACUACAAGACAUUUGAUGGAAAAAACUACGAUUUCAACAAGAACUGCACCUACUACCUGGUCAAAGAGAUAAUCAAUACACAUAACCUGACGAUAACAGUGAACAACGGUGCCUGUGAGCCUGCAGAGGAUACAUUCUGCCCACAGGAUCUCACUGUUAUGUACCAAUCCCACAAGGUCGCCUUCACGCAAAUAAAGACUUCACAAUCUACAGUUAAUGCAGUGUAUUUGAAUGACAAACGAAUCUAUCCGGCCUACAAAAACUCUGACCUACUCAUCACUAGUACAGAUAUGGAGGUCACACUGGAGAUACCAGGCAUCAGCACAAAAGUGGUCUACAGGGGCUCCUCAAUCAUCAUUGAGCUUGCCUUUUCCCUCUUUGAGGGGAACACUGAGGGGCAGUGUGGGACCUGUGACAACUCCCAGAAAAACGACUGCCGUACUCCCAACGGUCAGGUGGAAAGCUGCUCAGACUCUGCAGACCAGUGGGUUGUCUCAAAUAAACCAUGUAACCCCCUUAGUACUAUUCUACCCCCUCUGUCCUCAACAAGAUUACCACAGACAACAACACAGCCUCCUUGCAAUACCGCCAUCUGUGAUCUUCUAAAAUCCAGUGUAUUUGAACCAUGCCACUCAGUCAUACCGCCAGGAUCAUACUUGAAAACCUGUACUUCUGACAUUUGUAUCAAUGGAAAUAACACCUGCACCAGCCUGGAGGCCUACGCAGCAGAGUGCUCUAAUGCAGGAGUCUGUAUCAACUGGAGGAAUGCCACCAACGGGCAGUGUGAGCACAAGUGUCCAGGCAAACAAGUGUACAGAGCUUGUGGCCCCAAAGUGGAGCAAACAUGUAAUGAAAGAUACAAUAAGAGGUUUGAUGCAAAAAAGACAGCAUCCACCAACAGCUCUCAGGAGGGUUGUUUCUGUACUGACGGCACCACCUUAUUCAACACAGUCAAUGGCGAAUGUGUUGCCUACUGCGAUUGUGUUGGACCUGAUGGAAAUCCCAAAAAGCCCAAUGACACAUGGAUAUCCGACUGCAAAAACUGUAUGUGCAACCAGGAUUCCAUGAGCACCGUGUGUGAGCCUAUUAAUUGCACAUCAGUUUCCACCCCCGACUGCACUGCACCUUACAAGCUGGUCAACAAGACCGAGGGCUGCUGCUACAAUCUGUCAUGUGAAUGUGAUAAGAGCCUGUGUCCUGAUUCCAUGCAAUGCUCGCUGGGCUUCAAACGCGAAGUCACCCAAGGCGACUGCUGCGAAUCCUACAAGUGUGGUUCCAACACCAACACCAGAAACAGAACCACCAAUAGAAGGACCACUCACAGAAAAAACCUUAGCAACAACAACAACAACACCCACAACCACAGGACCAGUAGAAACCUCUGGAACAACAGCGCCACCAUCUGGAUCAGCAAAAACAUCAGCAACAACAGCAUCACAAUCAGGACCAGUAGAAACCUCUGGAACAACAGCGCCACCGUCUGGAUCAGCAAAAACAUCAGCAACAACAGCAUCACCAUCUGGAUCAGCAGAAACCUCUGGAACAACAGCGCCACCAUCUGGAUCAGCAGAAACCUCUGGAACAACAGCAUCACCAUCUGGAUCAGCAGAAACAUCAGCAACAACAGCAUCACCAUCUGGAUCAGCAGAAACCUCUGGAGGAACAGCAUCACCAUCUGUUUCAGGAGAAACCUCUGGAACAACAGCGCCACCAUCUGGAUCAGCAAAAACAUCAUCAACAACAGCAUCACCAUCAGGACCAGUAAAAACCUCUGGAACAACAGCGCCACCAUCUGGAUCAGCAGCAACCUCAGCAACAACAGCAUCACCAUCUGGAUCAGCAAAAACAUCAGCAACAACAGCAUCACCAUCUGGAUCAGCAGAAACCUCCGGAACAACAGCAUCUCCAUCUGGAUCAGCAGAACCCUCUGUAACAACAGCAUCACCAUCUGGAUCAGCAGAACCCUCUGGAACAACAGCAUCACCAUCUGGAUCAGCAGAAACCUCUGGAACAACAGCGCCACCAUCUGGAACAACAGCAUCACCAUCUGGAUCAGCAAAAACAUCAGCAACAACAGCAUCACCAUCUGGAUCAGCAAAAACAUCAGCAACAACAGCAUCACCAUCUGGAUCAGCAGAAACCUCUGGAACAACAGCAUCACCAUCUGGAUCAGCAGAAACCUCUGGAACAACAGCGCCACCAUCUGGAUCAGCAAAAACCUCUGGAACAACAGCGCCACCAUCUGGAUCAGCAAAAACCUCUGGAACAACAGCGCCACCAUCUGGAUCAGCAAAAACCUCUGGAACAACAGCGCCACCAUCUGGAUCAGCAGAAACAUCAGCAACAACAGCAUCACCAUCUGGAUCAGCAGAAACCUCUGGAACAACAGCAUCACCAUCUGGAAUGCAUUGCCAGGAGUGUUACUGUGGGCCCAAUAUGAAUUCCACCACAAGUUUAAACACCAUUACCUGUUACCCUAUUGUCUGCAAAAAGAACUGCUCCGAGUAUACAAGAAAGAGGAUAUCAACCAGACUUAUCAGUCACCUGAAGACAAGUGUAAGCACUACACCUGUGAGAAGAUCAAUGGACAGCUUGUUACCAGCAAGAUUAUCACACCUUGUCCUUACUUUAACCCCCUGGAUUGUGAACCUGGCACCGAGACAACUUACGCCAAUGGAUGUUGCAAAGCCUGCAAACCCAAGAAUGUAUGUGAGGUCCUGAGUAAUAAGGUGGUCAUCAAGGUGGGAAAAUGUGAGAGCCCACAGCCUGUUAACAUGACGUACUGCGGCGGGCACUGUGGAAGCAUGUCAACGUAUUCUGCAGAAGCCAACACGAUGAUGCACAAGUGUGAGUGUUGCCAGGAGUUCAAAACCAGUCAGAAACAGGUGGAACUGAACUGCGACAACGGCUCUAAGGUCCCGCACACCUACGUGCAUGUGGAAGCGUGUCAGUGCAGACCAGCAGAGUGUGUGUCUGGGACGACUAACAAACCACAGCGUCGCAGGAGGCGCUGA